AUGCUUAACCUAAAUUCAUCUACAACAAACGGAAAGGACGCGGAUGAAUAUAGUGACGCCAAGGUCUUUCAAGACAAAGCUGUAUGGAAGGUACUCAUUUUUGAUAAAUUUGGUCAAGAUGUAGUUUCUUCUAUUAUGCGUGUUAAUGAUCUUCGUGAAAAUGGCAUUACCGUACAUAUGCUUUUGAAUCAAGAAAGAUCUUCAUUACCUGACGUACCUGCCAUCUACUUUAUUGAACCUACCUUUGAUAAUAUCAAGAAAGUUUGUGAGGACUUGAACCGAAACUUGUAUGAUUCUUACUAUGUCAACUUUUGUUCAACUAUUCCUCGGCCAGUAUUGGAAGAUUUUGCAACAAGAACCAUUGCCAAUAAUACAUCUGAUGCCGUCACUCAGGUGUAUGAUCAAUACCUCAAUUUUAUAUGUACCAACCCUGAUGUCUUUUCUCUUGAUCAAACCGAAGCUUUCGUUCAUUUGAACAAUCCAAGUGCUCCAGAAAGUCUGAUUGAUGAAACUAUAGAUAGAGCUGUCAACUCUCUAUUUUCUGUGAUUGUUACUUUAGGUGUGGUACCCAUUAUUCGAUGUCCAAGAGGAAAUGCAGCUGAAAUGAUAGCCAACAAAUUGGAUAGCAAACUCCGUGAUCAUGUUAUGAAUUCUCGUUCCAAUUUAUUCUCUGAAAACAUUAAUAAUUCUGUCAAUUUACAAAGACCAGUACUUAUUCUUUUAGAUCGUAGUAUGGAUAUUACACCUAUGCUUAGUCAUUCUUGGACAUAUCAAGCUCUUAUUCAUGACGUGCUUUCUUUGAAACUCAAUAGAAUCACUAUUGGUGCUGAUGAACAUAACCAACAAAGACGUAGUUAUGAUGUGGAUAGUAAGGAUUUCUUUUGGAAUAAGAAUGCAUCUAGUCCAUUUCCACAAGUAGCAGAGGACAUUGAUAUUGAACUCAACAAUUACAAGAAGGACGCUGCAGAAAUCACUAGGAUUAGUGGUGUUAGUUCUUUGGAAGACGUGGGUCAAAUUGAUAUGUCAUCAAAUACAAAGAUUCUCAAGUCUGCUAUUGAUGCUUUACCAGAGUUGACAGCAAGAAAGGCUACUUUAGAUAUGCAUAUGAAUGUAGCAACAGCUUUAUUGAAUCAUAUCAAAGACAGGCAAUUGGACACAUUUUUCCAAAUUGAAGAAAACAUCACAAGACAGGCCAAAACUUUAUUACUAGAAACAAUUAGGGAUGUUGAAAAAAAGAAUCCUGAAGACAAAAUGCGACUCUUUCUCAUUUAUUAUCUCUCCACUGCUGAAGAAGUGACACCUGAAGAUAUGGAUGCUUACAAGAAAGCUCUGGAAGCUGCUGGUUGUGAUAUGGCUCCUCUGAAAUAUAUUGAAAAAGUGCGUGCUCUUAUGCGAAUGACUUCUAUGAUCACAUCACCCAAUCCAAAUACAACCAGUGGAUUCUCUCAAAAUGAUUUGUUUCGAGGAUUCAGCAGUAUUGGAAACAGAUUGACUGAUCGAUUGAAAGAAGGUGGUCUUGGUGGUGGAUUCGAAAACUUAUUAUCUGGAGUCAAGAAUUUACUACCAACGAAAAAGGAAUUAGUGAUUAGCAAAAUCGUGUCAGAUAUCAUGUCUCCUCCUCAAAACGAGCCAUCCAAGGCUGAUGACUUUUUAUACUUUGAUCCCAAACUUGGCAAGAACAAUCGAUCCCCUCGUCAAAACAAAGUAUCAUUCCAAGAAGCUAUUGUCUUUGUUGUUGGUGGUGGUAACUAUGUAGAAUAUCAAAAUUUGCAGGAACUGGCCUCUGUAAGUAGGAAAAGAGAAAAAAAAAUACUUCAUCUCAUUCUGAUCUUUUAUUUCGUUUCUUUGUAG